CCCGUCACAAUUGGAUUAUCGGGGGCAAGCUGGGAGGGUAAUAGAGGAAAGGAAAUGGUCUUUUACUUAUUUAUUUGGAAAAACUCACGAUCCAACUUACGUCUCUCUCUCUCUCCAUCCGUAGAUUUUGAUCGGAGAUUGUUGUCUUGUCUUGACUUCUCUUCUCUUCUAUUCUAUUCUCUUCUCGUCGGGCCAUUUUUCCGUUUCUGUUCUCUCUCUCUCUCUCUCUCUCUCUCUCUCUCGGGUGUUUGGAUUUCUGUGUAGAUUCUUGAAAGCAGAAGAAACAAACAAGCCGACAGCUGACUUUCACUUUGUGCCUGUUCAUUGCUUGGAGAGGCUACACCGUGGUGCCCAUUUGCAUUAUGAGAAAUGAAACUCAGAGCGUGGGUGAAUCUUCUAGCUCGACUUCAUUAAGCAGUCAGCAGGACGUUGAUGAUGACAGAAUGAUUGCUGUUGUACUAUCUGAAGAGUAUGCUAGCUUAGAUGGUGCAGUUGGUCGGCGCCUUUCCAAUCUUGCACCAGUUCCUCAUAUUCCGCGAAUAAAUUCUUUCAUCCCCAAUGUAAAUGAUGCCAGUUUAGAUCACCAGCGGUUGCUGCAGAGGUUAAAUGUUUAUGGUUUAUAUGAAGUGAAAGUCUCUGGGGAUGGAAAUUGUCAGUUUCGUGCUCUUUCAGAACAGAUGUAUAAGUCGCCUGAAUAUCACAAGCAUGUUCGGAAAGAAGUUGUCAAACAGCUUAAAGACUACAAGUCUCUAUACGAAGGAUAUGUCCCGAUGAAGUACAAACACUAUUACAAGAAAAUGGCCAAAUCUGGUGAAUGGGGGGACCAUGUUACCUUACAAGCAGCGGCUGAUAAGUUUGCUGCAAAGAUAUGCCUUUUGACUUCAUUCAGAGAUACUUGUUUUAUUGAAAUUACUCCGCAAUAUCAGGCACCUAAACGAGAGCUGUGGUUAAGUUUUUGGUCAGAGGUGCAUUACAAUUCACUUCACGAAAUUCAAGAUGCUCCUAUACAGAAUAAGCCAAGGAGGAAACACUGGUUGUUCUAGAGGGAGGAAGAGAGGGUAUAUAUUUGUUAUUAUUUCCAUACCAUGUAUAUUUUCUAUACAUGUUUUCAGUUUGGCUUCCCCUUCAUAUAAAUAUUCUAAUCUUUUAUUCCUUUUAACAUUUUCCCCCUCCCCCCUUUCAGUAUGAUUUCCCUGUAUUUGGUGUUGAGACAAUUAUAAGAUUAUUAGGUUAUUCUUAGAUGA